AAUGUGCCAAGCCAAAUGUCAAAACUAAAUUUUUUAGUGAAUGCUCAUUAAUGCAACAGACGCGCUAACUCUAAGUAUUUUGCAAAACCAAUCGUAUUGUGCUAACAAUGUACACAAGAAAAAUAUUUCCGAUUCUGCGCUAUGUGUUGGGACGUGAUCUACAUUUAGGACAUUUAAGACAGUUACCAAGUCCCACCAAAACAUUUGGUAUUACACAAACUUCUUCCGUAACCCAGACAAGGCAGGCACAGCUACCCUUAAUAACCAUAUCUCAGAUGCGAGGUUAUGCAAAAAGCAAAGAUAAGAAAAAGGAGAAAGGUAAAAAAACGGCCAAAAUUGAAAUUAAUGAAACGCAACUCCGCGAGGUAAUAAACUUCGAUGCGGUAAAUGGACAAAUGCAGAAGGCGGUUCAGCAGAUGAAAGAAGAUUUCAUUAAACAUUUGUCAUUACGUUCUACCUCAGGCGCUAUAGAAACCCUGCGUGUGCACAUCGAUGGGGCUGAGCAUGAAUUGCAGGAGCUCGCGCAAAUUUCCCGAAAAAAUCCUAAAACAAUUGUUGUUAAUAUGAUUGCUUUUCCUCAAACCAUACCUGAUGUACUAAAGGCAAUUGAUAAUAGUGGCAUGAAUCUUAAUCCACAACAAGAUGGAACCACGCUUUUCAUUCCUAUACCGAAAGUGACAAAAGAACAUCGCGAGAACCUAUCAAAAAAUGCGAAGGCUCUAUUCAUCAAGUACCGUGAUACUAUACGAGAUAUACAAAAUAAUGUAAUAAGGAAAAUAAAAAAACAGUCUGAAAUGUCUAAGGAUGAUAUCUUCGCUAUUCAAACACAAGUAACAGCUAUUGCGGAUAACUAUAUAGCAGAAGCAGACAAAUUACUAGCAACGAAACAGAAAGAGCUACUUGGCGAAUCUUAAAUAGUAAAAUACACAGCUUCUAAUGCCAAGACUGAAUAAUAAAAAUAUAUGAAUAAAUUGUA